AUGCCUGGUAAAAUCCCUUUAAAAUACAUUGCACAACAUGUCAGAUUGGACCCCAGUCACCAGUGGAGUACCACAAGGAGCGUGCUCGAACCUCUUCUAUUUGUCAUCUACAUAAACGACCUUCCUGACGAGAUUGAGGCAGUAGUCAAAAUCUUUGCAGAUGACACCAAACUGUAUGGCAAAGCAACGUCUGAGGUAGACUACACCACCCUGCAGAGAAACGUACAGAAACUUGAGGGAUGGUCAGAGAAAUGGCAGCUCCACUUCAAUGCAAAGAAAUGCAAGACCCUGCACCUAGGGGCAGGCAAUCCACAAAGGGAAUAUGAGCUAGACAGUGUAAAGAUCCCAGAAACCAAAGAAGAAAAGGACCUUGGAGUUGUCAUUGACGAGAAGCUCAGAUUUCAUCAACAAUCUGCUAUUGCUACCAGAAAAGCAAAAGGAGUACUAGCUCGCAUACUUCUGCUAUUACAGGACUCUCACAACUGCAUCACCAAGCUCACAGAAGACACAUCACUGUUUGCAGUCUAUGAUGGCCAUGGAGGUGCUGAGGUCGCAGUGUACACAGCUCAACAGUUUCCAAAGUUACUCACAAACCUAAAAUCCUUCAAGGACGGUGACAUUGAUGCUGCAUUUGAAGAAGCCUUCAUGACCUUUGAUGCAUCUCUCAAACAGAAAGCAAUCAUAGAGAAGCUCAGGAGGAUAGCAGGCAUGGAAGAGGGCGAAGAGAAAGAAGAGGAUGGGGAGACAGAGACACUCCUGGAAGAGGCAGAGCUUCCUUUGGAACAACUGGUCGCCCGCUACUGCUCCCAGCCGUCCAAGAACAAACGAGCCAUGAUCAAGCAGGCCCACGGGGCCGACCUCCUCUCCCCCAUGAUCCAGAAGAAACAACCCAGGUUCCCCCUCACAGCUGUGAAUGGAUCGCUCCAAGACGGGGAUGGGCCUGUGCCAAACAAGACUGUUCCAUUCGACGAGGAGGGGGAUAUUGUUGCCAAAGGAAAGAGGGAUGAGGAUGAGAAUGUGGACAGUGUUAACGGGCCCGAUGGGGAUAAAAGAAGGGAAGGGGAGAAUGGCACGGACAGUGAUGAUGAUGAUGUUGAUGAGGAAGGGGGCGAGGUCAAGGUCAAGGAGGAGGUAACGGAGAUGGGAAAAGGAGAUGGGGCAUCGGAGAAGAGGGAGGGGUCGGCGAAAACACAAGUCAAAGACGAAGCAGGAACGUCUGAAAACUCAGGGAGCCAUAACGGCAAUGUACAGCACAGCGAUACCAAAGAAUCAGGAUCGAGCACCUCAGGGACGAGUUCAGAGAGUAAACUCAAGCAGAUCGUUCCUCCAUACCUGGACGACGAUGACGACAGCGACGAGGAAGACGAGGACUACCGGUCCGGAGACGAGGAGGAGGAGGACGAAGAGGAUGAUGAGGAGGAGGAGGAGGAGGAGGACGACUUUGAUGGGGAGGAGGAGGAGGAAUUAGGAGAAGGAGAAGACAGUGGUGAUUUUGAGGAGGAGGAGGAGGAGGAUUACAGAAUGCAGUUGCCAGGUGGAAAAGAAGAGCCUGGCAGUGACAGCGGGUCAACAGCUGUGGUGGCGCUCCUCAGAGGAAAAACACUCACCGUCGCAAACAUCGGCGAUUCACGAUGCGUGCUGUCGCGGGACGGGGUGGCCCUUGACAUGUCGUACGAUCACAAGCCCGAGGACGAUGUUGAGCUGAGAAGGAUAGAGAAGGCAGGCGGGAAGGUCACGCCGGACGGGAGGGUCAACGGGGGACUCAACCUCUCAAGAGCAUUUGGUGACCAUUGCUAUAAGAUGACGACAUCUCUACCUCCUGAAGAACAGAUGAUAAGUGCCUUCCCUGAUAUCAAAACCGCCACACUCACAGAGCAAGACGACUUCAUGGUCGUUGCAUGUGAUGGCAUCUGGAAUGCCAUGACCAGUCAAGAUGUGAUUGACUUUGUAACGCACAGACUGGAAAAUUCAAGAGAGUCCGACCAAAGUAAUAAACUUUCCAAGAUUUGUGAAGAGCUCUUUGAUUUCUGCUUAUCACCCGACACAUCUGGCGACGGAACCGGGUGCGACAACAUGACCUGCGUCAUUGUACAAUUCCACAGCAACGGCGCAGACUCCAUCUCGGGGGCUUCGGUCAGCGCCAAGAGAAAAUCGGCCGAGGAUAAACCGGAAGAGACGGACAGCAAGAAACCAAGACAUUGACCUUCGACCUAUGCAGUUACUCCUCUGUCGGAAAGUGGAAGUCGACUCGUGAAAUAAGUUGGUUUAUUGAGAGCAGAAAAAAGAAGAGAAUCAAAUCGGUGAAGUUUUUUUAGGGGCAAAUCCGAUACAGAAUAAGAAAGUUAUCAAUUUUUUAAAGUUGCAAUCAAUCACAGGCUAAUUAGCAACUUUGUGACAUACCUCUCCCUUUACCCUGUACUGUAAGUCCAUAAAUUUCCAAUUCCAUGAUUGUUGAUGAAUUAAAUUAAUCUUUUUGUAUAGAGCCUGUUGUAAAAAAACAUGUGUCCAGUCAUAUCUCUAGGGCAGGGGUAUAAGGAAAACGAUAUCUCAUUUUAAAUCAAAUUGAAAUUAAUUUGAAUUUCCUCGUGCAGAACAUGGGGGAGAGGUGCGUAGAAAGGACAUGUACACUGUAUGUCAAAGUAUAUUGCCAAUAUGCGCUUGAUCAAUAACAACUUGCAAAAUUCAUAACUUUCAUGCCUUUUAAAAAAUCCCCUAUUUAUUUUAUUUCUCAUUUUCAUGCUUUUGUUUGAACGAACUUGAUGCUAGAGUGGACUUCUGACUUCUGACCAGUGUAACCAUCUUUUCCAAAGCCCUGGGGGUGUUUCACGAAGCCUUUUUUCAAUGACAAUUGACAAAACAGAGUGACAAAUCUACUGAUAACCAAUUAGAAGCAAGGAUUUCAGUAGCUUAUAACAAAGCCUGUCAUUUGUCACGGAUGACAAGUUUUGUGAAGCACCCCCCUGGACUGUCACAUGAACUGUCACCUGUCUUUUCUCACAAGUCUGUAUUCACCCUAUUAAGUACACACCAGCAAAGAUAUCCUACAACUGGACAUUGGGGGGCGCACGUCUACAGAGUUGUGGAGUGCUUCUACCAGUCUAUUCUCAUUCUCUUUCUCAAAUCAUUAUUUGCUCAUGAUGACUAGGUACCUAUAUAUCACAGCAACAACAACUUUUCUGCCUGGUAUUUCCACCUCCACACUUAGUUGUGAUACUUGAAAGGUUUUCUCUUCGUUCAAUCUUUAUUAUUAUGUCGUACCUCCUCUGUCAUGGUACCAGAAAUAUGCGGCGUUCACAAGUGACUACCUGAAAAGAACGUGCCAAGUCAAAAUAUUCUGGCGUAACCGGGCUCUGCCGGGGUAGCGUUCUGCCUUGCAGUCUCUCAAAACCCGGUCCACGCUCUCGACAAUCAUUCAUCAACGAUCUCACAGUGGGCUCUCAGAAAAGUAUAUCGUGAAAGAAAAACGUGGACUAGCUCUCAUUCACUCACUCCCGCCCGCAACCACUGAAUGUAUGACAGGACUAAAAAAAUAACACUUGCAGAGUAUUUGCAGUUCAGGUGACUCCAUCUCGUUUCUUGUACCUGUCGCAACGACAGGUCAACAUUGACUGACUGACAUCUUACGAUGUACAUGUAUCUUCUCACAAUCAGUUACAACGCCCUCUACAUCUUACUAAAUUACUGGACUAGUUAUACUACAAUAUAAUCAAAUAUAUGAUUAAUAUAUAUGAUUAAUACGGGAAUGCAGGAUCAAGGUUUUGAAGUCUCUGAAUGCUCACGACAGAUACAGUUUCUGUCAUGCUGCUCAAGUGAGGAACUCUUUCUUGAUAGUUUCUCACAUUCUUCACCAAAGGAAUGAAUCAAAGGUGCUUGUAAUCCUCUUUCUUGUGGACAGUGCUGCAAUGGCAUAGCUUUAGUAGUGACAAUCAAGUCCACAGUCUUUAGUUUUGUAUAUAUACUAUGCUUCCUGAUCGUAUAUGUAUGUGGUCUUCAAAUUAUUCUAGGAGUUCACUCAACCUAACCCAUAUCUCGCUUGAAUCCCAAACCCUAACACCAUUUUCUUUGACAAAUGUCGCCAGAACAAAUGUCGGAUCACCGUUCAAGUAGACGAUGAUACAAUUUUUCUUGCGUGUUGUGACCUGCGUUUUGUGUAAGUUCCGUGUUGCCAGGCUCCUGUUUCUGAUAAUGCAUUCCAUUCUGUAGCCUAUGGUUCGAAUAUACAGUAUGUCAACUGUUUUAUAUCACAACUGUGAAAUGGGGACCUUAGUUGUCCCUGACAGAGAAAAUAGAUUGAAUCUUCCAAAGAUUGAAUUAAAUCAUUUUGUAAUUAAAUGUCACGAUAAUGAUCUGAAGGAAGACAAAAAAGAUAUUUUUCUUGAUCUGCAUGUACAUGAGUUUCAGUUAUUCCUCUCUGUAUAUUGUAGACAUUAAGAGAGUAAUUAUGACAUCUGUUUCAAGAACUUUAAGAAGUUCAUUGUAAUAAGGCCUAAUUAAUGGUCAAUUGUUUGUAAGUUUCAAUAAUGUUGAAUUCCUCAGAAAUUGUCAGUCCUUGUUCCUACCUUCAAUUUGUACAAACGUUUUCACAUUUUGUAAGAUGUAUUAUGCAAUCGAAAAUUGCUGAAAGUAAUUCGAUUUGAGAACUUCAAAAUUGAUCAUCGAUACGAGUCGUAUACAGCACACGUGUAUAAAGUGCAAGCACACAUACACAUGUACAUGUAUAUUUUUUCAGUUGAUAGAUAAAAGCAGCUUUACCGGUGUUCAAAUAUAGUGGUACUAAUUUUUCCAGUGAUUUUUAUUUGCUGAAAAGACAGCCACGUAAACCUAUUUUUAUAUUCAAUUGAUGAUGUGGUGUUAUUUGUUGAAAUGCUUUGUGCUGUCCGGGUUCUUUUUAUCUUCCCGACACAUGUUACAAAUUGUUGUUCUCGUUAUCUGUUGGGCUGAGAAAUAUUCCAAUACAGUGGGAACUCAUUAUGAUCGGUACAUUUGGACCUAGAAAAUUAUCUACCGGUAGUUAUAUCAGGAUUAACUUUUUUUUUUAAAGAAUAUAAAGUGUUGGAACCAGCAAAAUUAACUUGGUUUAUGAGGCUUCUCAAUAUCAGAGUUCUUUAUAUUAAAGACAGUCAAUACUACUGGGCCAGAAGGGAUUAGACCACACAGCGAGGUCACUGACAGGUGGCUAUCUCAUUAACUCAGCUCUGAACUAACAUAAGAAAAAGAGGAUCAUGGGGGACCAACAGGCACCGAUUGGGGAAGUUUUCUAUAUAGAGGGAGCAAGUAGCUACAAGUAGGACAGUGGGGCUUUAAACAAGUUUCCUCUGUACAUCCAGUGUAUUCUAUGUUGGCUAAAAAAUUAAAGUUAAAGACGUGGUAUGCUGCUGACGUUACACUAGAUUUACGAACACUGCCAUCUGCUGCUCACAAUGUCUCGACUUGUCGACAGCCAUGUGACGUCCCAUAAUGCAUCACCAACUGCAUGAGGCACGCAUGAUGAUGCUUCGGUCACGGAACAGGAAGUCGCUCUAUGUACGCCUUCAUCGAAACAUGGCGUAAUUGAAAAAAUAUUACAGCAGUGAGAGGUAGAAUACUCGGCCUUUAAAAAUGUUCAUUCGUGAAGUAGGCAACUUGGUGAUCACUACAUAACACUGAGCCACCGAGUAUUACGCUCCAGUGCAUAUGUCCGUGUGCUGCCGUCUAUAUACCCACGCUUGAGCAACUUGAACUUUAAGUCUCGUAGGAUCUUUAUCUGUAAUGAAUACAUCAAGAAAUGAGUCGGGUCGAUCUAUUAUUCUCAUCUCUAAAAUUAUGCCUAAAUUUGCCUUGGCACUGAAAGGGUUCAAACAAAACAAUUCCAAAGAUUUUUAACAAUUUUCUAAAGAGACUAAUUAGGACUACCAAGUAUUCUAUAUCCCAUCAUGUUUGGAUAGCCUAAUAAGUCAUUUUUUGCAAAUUUUGAAGGCUGAUGGACAAGGCUAUUGGAAUUGCCUGAAGGUCAUUCUUUGCAAUUUGGCCAAUCGCAUUAAUGAGGAAGAGGUUUUUCUUUUGGUAAAAUAUAUCUUCGGAUCAGAACCCAUACUCGUCUGCAAUGGCCACCGCCAUACCUUGUUGUAGAUAAGAUAAAGGUGAGUUCUGGUAAAAAAAAAAAAAAAACUAAUUCUCACAGAAUCAAACGAAAAUUACACUGAAUGUUCAAGAUUACAAAUAAAUGUCAUUUGUUCUCUUAAAAUACACACAAGGAUUCAUGACGAAAUUUGGAGAUUUCUGGCCAGGCAGCCUGAUGGAAAUGUCGAUUUGCAGAAUGGGGGAGUGAUUAUUUUUUUGAUAAUGAGACUAAAAAGCUUAUAAACUCGGAAUUAUCAAUCAACUACAACAAACAAAUUUUGGAGACUUGAUAGUGGUUUUGAGCUUACAACUCUCAUGGUAGGCUAAUAACUUAUUUUACAUGAUCAACUAUCCCAAAUAACAAUCUGUUCCAAAAUGCAUUUUCAUUAAUUGGGACUAGUUUCUAUUGAAUUAGGACUUUAAAGCUUAAAGCAAUCCACAACAUUUCACCUGUAAAUGACCCCUCACCAAUCAAAUUGCUCUAUUUUACAUUUUUUUUUCUGUUAGUGCCUGUCCUUUCGGAGCAAGGACAUUACGGUUAUUUUCAAAAGGACAUGAUCAGUCGUCACUGUUCUACAUUGUACAUGUAUGUUUGUUUUUGUUGGGAAGAAAACAGAAAUCUUAAUUGAUGAUUAUGUUUCAUAUGUUGGAAUAAAUAGAACAAUGCAAAUUUGCUACA